CCGUUUCUGCUUCCGCGCCUCCGGACCCCCACGCCAUUCCCGUGGGCGCCGCGGGCGUGCCGGUGCCGCCGAAUCCCCGCCUUUCCCUCCUCUGUUCCCGCUGACGCCGCCUCGUCGCCGCCGGUUAUUAAAAUAACCGAGAGAAACCGACGCGGCCACCUCCGCCCGCCGUGCUCCUCCAACUCCCGUCCGUCCCCAUGGCGCCGCCGCCCGCCCUGCUCCUCCUCGCCGCCCUCGCGCUCGCGCUCUGCCGGAGCACGGCCCUCUCCGACGCCCACGGCGGCGGCGGCGGCUUCUACGACCCGGCGCGCGUCACCCAGCUCUCCUGGCGGCCCAGGGCGUUCCUGUACAGCGGCUUCCUCUCCGACAGCGAGUGCGACCACCUCGUCAAUCUGGCGAAGGGGAGCAUGGAGAAGUCGAUGGUGGCGGACAACGACUCCGGGAAGAGCGUCAUGAGCCAGGUGCGCACCAGCUCCGGCACCUUCUUGGCCAAGCACGAGGAUGAAAUCGUCUCUGGGAUUGAGAAGCGUGUAGCUGCUUGGACAUUUCUUCCCGAAGAAAAUGCUGAAUCAAUGCAAGUUCUGCACUAUGAAAUUGGUCAAAAGUAUGAUGCCCAUUUUGAUUAUUUUCAUGACAAAAACAACCUGAAGCGUGGUGGUCAUCGAAUUGCCACUGUACUUAUGUACCUGUCGGAUGUCAAGAAGGGUGGAGAGACUGUAUUUCCAAGUGCUGAGGGUGGCCAUUUGCAGUACAAGGAUGAAACUUGGUCAGAUUGUGCAAGAUCUGGUCUGGCAGUGAAGCCGAAAAAAGGAGACGCACUCCUGUUCUUCAGUCUUCAUGUCAACGCAACAACUGAUACAAGUAGUCUUCAUGGAAGCUGCCCAGUAAUUGAGGGUGAGAAAUGGUCUGCCACGAAAUGGAUUCAUGUCCGAUCAUUCGAUAAUCCUCCAAAUGUGAGGACAGAUGCGCCAUGUUCAGACGACAACGACCUCUGCCCUAAAUGGGCUGCUAUUGGGGAGUGUUACAAGAACCCAACAUACAUGGUGGGUACCAAGGAUACUCUUGGAUUUUGCCGCAAAAGCUGCGGGCUCUGUGAUGCCUGAACUACUCACCAAUCUCAACGUGCUGUGCUGUGGGGUGUUAGGCCGCUAUUGUUUGCAUCCCUAUCGGGUUUUCUGUUACUGGCUUGUAAAUAACAGGUGAGGCAGGUCCUUGAGUAGUAUCGGAGUAAUGUUUACUCUUUUGCAUACUACAUGAAAAUUGACCUUGCAGGUUACAACAUCUUGAUAUAAGAGUAAUGAAAUUUUGGUCAGGAUUAUGGCUGCAU